ACCAAAAUCUCCGAUUGCGUUGCCAUCGACCACCCAAAAUUAUCAUAUUGAGCUAUCUUCAGGUUAUCGAGGUCAUCCAAAUUUGAAAAAUGGCACAACGAAAGGAACAUCCUCGCACACCCAUCCUAAUUGUCGGUGGUGGGCCCGUGGGCUCACUUCUGGCUUUAUCCCUUUCUCACUUCCAUCAGGCAAGCACUCUUGUCGAGGCUUCCACCACUACGACAAGAUGGCCGAAGAUGGAGCAGAUCAAUGGUCGAACAAUGGAGGUGCUGCGAAUAUUGGGUCUUGCAGAUAAACUACGAAGCGUUGAUGGGGUCCCAAAGGCAGAUGCACCUUGGACUGUCUUGCAUCAUACCGGAUUGGGUGACCCAGUGCCUGAGUUUGCUCGUGUGGACCCACAUCUCUCGCUUAAAGAAGAAAAGAAGCUUGAUCAGCAACACAAUGAUGGUACAAGGACAUCUGAACAUCAUCAAAGAUGUGUCCUCGAUAUCUUUGAAUCUUUCCUGAAGACCGAGGUCCUCCGGAAUGAAAAUGUCACAUCGCACUACGGCAUGAAAUACCUUUCUCAUAUAGAGAACGAAAAUGGAGUUUCCACGAUCUGCAUUGACAAGGAGGGCAACGAGCAUGAAUUCACUUCCAACUAUCUUGUUGGUUGUGAUGGCGCCGGCUCAAGAGUUCGACGGAACACUGGCAUCAAGCUGAAAGGUGGUCCAAUCAAUAUUGGGGCCUAUCUCGUUCACUUCCGAAGCGAAGAGUUGCUGGAGCUAGAAAAGAAGACGUACGGUCGAUUUUGGCACCUCAACACCCAUGGUAUCGGGUGUCUCGUAGAUCAAGAUGAAAGUGGGACUUUCACAAUCCAUAAUUUCGGCCCACACGUCCUGCAAGAAGACGUCACCAAAUACGACCCCGAAGAAUUGAUCUAUCGUAUACUAGGCGGCGCAUUUGGAAAACCUUUCAAGAUCAAGAUCGACGAAAUCCUCGUCCACAGCGCCUACCGACCUAACUUCGCCGUGGUGAAAUCUUUUAUCUCCGAAAAAGGCCGCGUGGUAUUGGCAGGCGACUCUGCACAUCGGCAACCGCCGCACGGCGCGCUUGGAUUCAAUUCUGGGGCUCACGAACAGCUUGAUUUGGCGUGGAAGUUGAGUGCCCUGGUCCAGGGGUACGGUGGAUUGCACCUUCUGGAUGCAUACGCUCUCGAAAGGAAGUAUAUCGUGCUGCAGAAUCUCAUUCAUGCUACAGAACUCGCAAGAACGUUCACGGACUACACCGUUCAGUACUUGACUACUGGACCACAAAUUCUCGACCCGGCAAACGCGGAGAGACAGAGGCUGGCAGAUCUGGUUCGAGGCAUUAGCAUCGAGAGAGCUGCUGAUGGUGUGGAGUUUGACCGUCGACUCACUCACAGUCGUGCUAUUGUGCGUGAUAUUGAUGGCAGCCAAUCACCACUAUGGGAUGUGGACAAGUAUCAACCAAGCUCUGCUCCAGGAUCCCGGGUUCCACAUCUUUGGCUGAAAACCAAGAUUGGGGAGACGAGCACAAUUGACCUGAUAAGUCACGGGCUGACCCUUGUCUGCUUCGAACCAUUUUACCAAUCAACAUCCGAGCAAGCGAAAGCAGUUUUCCUGUCUGUUGCGGCGAAAAGGAAUAUACCUCUUCAUGUUGUUGUGUUGAAAGAUGAAAGUCGUGUGCGCUCAGUUUGGGAGGAUCGUGACUUGGUUCUCGUGAGGCCAGACGCAUACUCGCUGUGGCGUUCACAGAAUCAAUCACAGCAACCAAUUACUUCCGAAGAUUACAUCCAAGAAAUCUUUGAUGUUGCGCUUGGUGUCAAGGAAGCUGAGAAAAGGAAGACAAUCCCAACUGAGCCGACAGAGGAGGACUUGAUGGUGGAAUUUGCAGAGAAGAUGAAGGUUGUUGGGGCUGAAGAUACAGAAGGAGGGAUGGGAGAGGUGAAAUUCGUCGCUGGCUUCCAAGUAGAGGUUGAAUAGUUGAAGACAGUCGUAAAACGAGACGAACCUCAUGUUCGAGUUCGUCUGCUAGCAAUAUAGGCAAGGCCCCCUGGAUUUGGCUAAACUC